CAUUCAUCGCCGAGCUCUACUUACAUGCAAAUGAUGCGAACUACCGCCUUUUCUCGCGUUCGUGACCAUCACACGUCGUCUUUUCUGUCUUCACCUACGAGUUACAAUUGCUCCGAGUUGCGCACCACAUUCCCACAAGGAAGUGGACUUCGCCACAUUACGUUGACACUCAUUGCCACAGACAGUUCCAGAUAAUCCUUGCCAGUGACCUUUCUACUUAUGUGCAGACUGUGAGAAAUCACUUCAGUGAAGUGUCAGCGCUAUUAAAGGUCGCGAUGCUGGUUUCUGGUCUUGUCUAGUACGCCAAAGAAAUUCAUACAGUGCAUCUACCUUCGAUAGCAUACAGCUAUGCGCUUGCACACGGGCACUCAGGCGUGUCUGUUACUAUUGGCACAUGCUGUGGAAAGAGCUGCUGGAGUCAACUUCACUCAGUGUUUUAUCGGCAUCGUGGCGAAUGCGAAUUCUACGCACAACUUAGCCGGUCUACUCGAUGCCGACGGGUAUCCCGUGUCGAAUGUUUCUGAUGCGACAGCGAUUAGCUACUCGCUGUGCACCUCUGUCUGUGGGUCUGGACCAAGAACUUUCAACUGGCUUAAUUUUUCGCAAGAUUUCAGUGCAUGGCUACUGCCAAAUCUUGCCUUGAUUUCGCAGCUCCCCUUUGGGGCACAGUAUAACUUUGAUGAUCUCAUGUCUGCUGUAUUAACCGUUGGGUCACCAGCGCUUGCUGGCUACUCUCUACUCAUCACCGUUCUUAAUUCUCGGUGGAUCAACCGCCGAUUUACUCCAUCAGUGAACUAUCCCAAUUCACAUUUGGCAGUAUCUAUCUUAAGCAGCCUUCAGCAAGUCCCGCUGAGACUGCAUUUCCAUGCACACUUUCCCUCUCUUGUUAUCCUGCCGGAAAAUGACUCCUGGUGGAGAAAUUUCUCCGAAUUGGUGGACUACACCCAUACAUGGUCAAUUGCGUCCGCGACAUCCAUCGCCUGGGUCGUUGUUGCCUAUAUCCUGACUGUAGCCAACUCACCAACAGAUUCUUACGUGAACCUUCAAGCCGACGGUGACGCCACUGGCACACUGUGGCUAUGGUUGAUCUCAAUAGUUGUUGGAUGGCUGCAACUAUCCCCGAAAUGCAAUUUUGAUCGUUUACGAGCGGCUUAUGAUCGUGCCGACCGAUACGCACGCACAGGAACACCAGAUACUCAUAUAGGAAUGUCGCCUCCGUCCGCCCCGAGAGCUUUAACGAUAACCGCAACGGAGGGGGAUGUGAUGUCUCCAGACGAACUCCUCACCCCACCGGUGUUUAAUUACACCCGUUCAUUGCAAUGGGCAUCUACUGCGGAAACUGUCUUCCUGGUGUUCAAAGUAGCAUCCGAGAAGGCUCAAAGCCGUAUUCCCGUUCGUUUUGAGGCUGAGUGGAUUGAGUCUAACAAUAUCAAACACAUCCACCCCACCAAUCGACGCGGGUCCCCGCAGGAAAUUGCCAUGUACUGUGCGCAGCCCGACGGCGCACGACGCAGCCAUUGGGCACCUGGCGUGUUUACCAGAAUGGCUGUCGCUUCAUGCGCUUCGCUUGCAUUACAAUGGGGAACAGUCGGAGGAGCAGUGACCGUGGCAUAUUUCACUCCUACGACACGCAUCGGAUGUCGAUCUCUGAGUUACCUCAUUUACGGAGGCAUAUCGACUUUAGUUUUGGCGAUGCUCCUGAUGUCUAGCAUCCUCGCACACUACUCCGCAUCUUGUUCCAAACGAGCGUCGCUCGCUGCACGUGUUACUCUGGCGUCGUCGCACUGGCUGCGAAGGAUGGGCAAACUGUUGGCCAUUGUAAACGCCAUCUGGGUGGUCUUGGUGUGUAUGUUCCAGUAUUCCAACGUUUACGAUACAUGUUUCUGUAAAUCCAGUGUGAUUGGUAGGGGAAAGGCUGCGUAUGCUGUGAUCAUCGAAACCUCAGCCCAAGCUGCACUGCUUAAGGUUGCCUGGACCAGGUGUCUCUUGUCUUGGCCUGUACCUCAGCGUCGAUGUUCCUUGGCCUUGUGAAUCUUUUAUUGCACACUCAAAUACGAUAGCUAUUAAUGUGUAGG